CCUCUACUUUUGUUCUUUUUUUUAAUUUCGAAUUUCAAUUAUUUAUAAUUGUAUACGUAUAUGGGCUCUAGCCUUCUAUUUCAAUAUUCAAUUUUUUUUAAAAAAAUUCGAAUUUCAGUUAUUUUUAAAUUAUAUUCCUAUUUAAACUCUAUUUUUCCUUUUUCUUCGAUUAAUAUGAGAAUUUUUAAGCCGUGAGAGCGAACAUAGAGGCUCCUUUUUCUAUCACUUUAAUAAUAUCAUCGAAUAGUCCGAUACAAUAGCUGGAUUUUUUGUGAUUUCAGUGCUAUCAUCGAAUGCCUUGUUCUCUAACUGUACCUGAGUGCUAGCACGCAUAUAUGAAACUGUCCCAUUCUUGAUGCUAUGAAUUGUUCUCUUCGACAAAGCCUCAUUAAAAUUAUGUAUGAUCAUGGCAAAUCGACCUUGUGUUCUUUUUUUUUUUUUGAAUUUUCAACGCCGGGGGGGGGGAGCUUCCCCGCCUGAAUUUACAGGGAUGAAAGGGCAGAAGCGAAGCAACGCUUCCACUGCGAAACUAUGGGACGUACAUUACAUUUCAAUCGUUCUGACCAAAGGGAUGCAUCUUCAACACAUCGGCGAAGGAUCCGCUGGAGGGAGGGGGAUUCUUUUCUGAAGACCACAUUGUGUCGGUGAUUCCAAAGACACCAAAAGCAAAGGAGGUAGAAGCACUUGAAUUCUACCGUCGAGAUUAUCGGAGGCGGCUUGAGCUGAAAUAGGAGUUGUGCUAAGGGGAUAUUCGGGUGAACUCGGAUCACAGACCAGAAAGCUAAAGAAAGGGACAGUGUAAAAGGAGGUGAUCUUCGUCUUCAUCUUGGCAGAGGCACAGCUCGCAUGCAGCAGUUGACAAUAUUGUUUUCUUGUAGAGGUUUGCGCAAGUGGGCAGCCUGUUUUUUUUCAUGAGCUAGGCGAAGAAUUGCACUCUUGGCAGAGCUGCAUUGUUCCAGACGAAAUCCCAGUUGGCACAAUUAGGUAGAUUGGAAGAGGAAAGGAAUUGAUAUAGGGAGCUGGAGGAGAAGGUCUCUGAGUGGCCAUUUGGGGAGUAGAUCCGCUGAUCCAUACCACUUGAGAGCUCCAGUUGUUGGAUGAUAUCCUGCACUUCUGCUAAGUCUUCUCGGGCGGCUGAAGAGAGACGAGGGGUGAGUCCCAGAGGGAGCCCCGCUUGCUUCACUUGGCGGACUGAGCAGUGUUGUCUAGUUGAGUGCGACAACAGAGCCGGAAAGGAUUGGGAAAGAGGGGCGUUGCCAUGCCAGACAUCGAGCCAGAAGGAUGAUCUUCUCCCGUUUCUAAUUAUUACUCUGGUGAUUCGCCUGUACUCGGGGAGCUUGUCUGCGAUAGAUUUCCAAUGAGUGCCGAGGAGUCUGCUGGGUUGGAGGGCUUCGUCUCGGAAUUGUUCCCAAAUCCAAUUAAUCCAUGCAGAGUUUUCCGUGUGGAGGGUGUGGAUUUUUUCGUGUGUUCUUCAAAAUGUUCCUAGUCAACAGCUGAAAUCAACAAGCACUUAGUUAGUCCUAAGUGACCCACGUGCCUUUGAAGAAUCGUUGCAUUUAGAUAGCAGCCUGCCAUCCAACUAUUUUCAUGGAUCAACAUCAUAGUAGUAUUUGACGAGUGAUGGUCCUCUGCAGUACUGCACAUAUAGUGCUGCCCACUGAUAUGUGAGUCCCACAGACCCUCGGGUCCACAUGUCAGUCUGCAGUACUUGCAUGUGCAUGUGCACACGCAGAGGAUCUGAAUUGAUAUUUGACUAACCUGCCUGAUUGUCACAGGUCCCACUAGCUCUUGCAAUACGGCCUGAAAUACCACUUUUACAACUCCCUUCACAACAGUUCACCAUAGUGACUUUGUUUUUUUCCCCCUGCACUUCUUGGUGAUCUUAUCAGCAGAUCCAUAUCCUACAUAUUCCUCAUUGAUAUGUACUACUGGAAUCAAGCAGCGUUGUGGAAGGAGAAUUUGACAUGGUUACAUUGCGGCACUGCUGUCAAUGGAAGCUUUCAAGCUGUGCUGGUUCCAGAUGUUGGCUAAUUCUAAGUUCUUGGUGAUCUUCUCAGCAGGUCCAUAUCCUUCAUGGUUGACAGUUACUACCAGAAGCAUCAGGGUGUUGAGGAGAAUCUACAAUGCUUACAUCGCUUGCUGCUCCGGAUCCAAGCCAUCGUUGAGGAGGCUGACAGUAGGCACAUCACAAAUCAAGCUAUGCUGCUGCAACUUAGAAUGCUGAGCAAUAUGAUGUACAGGGGCUACUACUUCCUUGAUAAUUUCAGGUGCCGAAUCGUUCAAGCGCAUGCUCAAGAUGAGGUGCGUGAUCACUCUCUUGCCCUGUCCUCUUUCAAUCCAUUAAAGCAGUUUUGCUUCUCCACUACAACAAGGAAAAUGGUAUCUGAAGUUUCGGAGAGAAAAGAGCUGCAUAAGAUGCUUGGUCACCUGGAAAGCAUUGUUUCAGACAUGCAGGAGUUUGUUGUGUUUGUGAGCAGCUACCCUCGUAUGAGUCGACAACCUUAUUGCAGCUACUUGUUGCUAGAGAACUGCAUGUUUGGUCGCCAAGAAGAACAGGAAAGGGUCAUCAACUUCCUGCUAGCACGACAUCCUCCCGGCGGUGAAGAAGUUAUUGAUGUGCUUCCGAUAAUUGGCCCAGGCAGGGUUGGGAAGAGCACUCUUGUUGAGCAUGUCUGCCAUGAUGAAAGGGUGCGUAAAUACUUCUCUACAAUUGUUUUCUAUGGCCUUGGUAGCAUUGAGAAUAAUGGAGACAUGGCGUUUCUUCCAGAUACCGGCGCAGUCAAAUAUCGAAAUCCUGUCUCAGGCAAACAGUCAUUAGCUAUCAUUGAACUUGUUGAUGAGAUGGAUGAUGAAACAUGGAAGAAGAUAUUGCACAGCCUUAGAGGAGACCACAUAGCACCUGUGAGUAAGAUCAUAAUAAUGAGCCGAUCAAACAAGAUAGAAUUGUUUGGAACAACAAAGGCACUCCAAUUAGAUUUUCUCCCAAAAGAAGUUUUUUGGUAUUUCUUCAAGACGAUUGCAUUUGGGAGCACAAGUCCUGUAGAGGAGCCUAAGCUAGCAUCCAUAUGUAUGGACAUCGCGGCUUUGGUGAAUAGAUCAUUCAUUGGAUUAAACGUCCAUGGGAGCAUACUAAGAUCUAAUAUAUGUGCUCAAUUCUGGUACAGUUAUCUCAAACGUCUGAAAUAUUACACAGACAAGCAUGUCCGUCUGUUUGGUGAACACCCAAGAGACACAAAUAAAAAUAACGGUGGACUUACUUACGUUUGGAUGCAUAAAAACAAACAUGGCUGCAGUGGCCUAGCGACAUACAAACUUUAUCAAGCAAGUUCUAUAAGUCAAAAUAAUCUACCAACGAUACGAUCAAUUGAUAUGGUUUCUCGAAAUGUUAAGCCUCGAGCGAAAUAUGAAGUCUUGGAAUGGCAAUCCAGCAUACCUCCAUACUAUAGCUACAUCGCGCAAUACGAGAUACUUGCACAACCGAAACUCAUGCUACCUCCUAAAAGGAAGCGAUCCGGGGCGCUCUCAGAAGAGUUAGUUUGAUCUGGAAUGGAAUUGGUGUUGUCAAACUGUAUUGUAGGUCCAUCCAUAUGGCAAAGCAAACAAUUUGGAUGCUAUAACAUCAACAGUUUAGCAAAUAUGUUAGUCCAUUCUUAUCCAGUUAUUUUAACUUGUUGUUUGCCCCAUGUUUUCCCCCCUUUUGAUGAUGUAAACUUACAACAGUUAUGUACAUCCCUCUGCAGGAA